AUGGUCAAGGUCCUCUUCGAGACGGCCGUAGGCUUCUGCCUCUUCAACGUCUCGGAUGCCUCCAAGCUCGAGUCCACCAAGAACCUCCACGAGUCGCUCGACUCGGUUGAGGGUGCCAGCAACCUCCUCAAGCUCUCGGCCAUCCACCGCUUCACCAACACUGCCGAGGCCGUUGAGGACAUCUCUGCCAUCAACGAAGGCAAGAUGAGCAAGAGCCUCAAGAAGUUCCUCACCGACGAAAUCGUAGAUGGUAAGGGCAAGGACAAAGAGAACCUCAUCGUCGCCGAAUCCAAGCUCGCUUCCACCAUCGCCAAGAAGCUCGGCAUCCAGGUCACCUACGACAGCGAGCUCCUCGACCUUUACCGUGGCAUCCGAGAGAACCUCGCAGCCCUCCUCUCCUCUUCCACCGGCGGCGAGUCGCUCGACCCGCGCGACCUCAACACCAUGAGCCUCGGUCUCUCUCACUCGUUGAGUCGCUACAAGCUCAAGUUCAGCCCGGACAAGGUCGACACCAUGGUCGUCCAGGCCAUCGGCUUGCUCGACGAUCUCGACAAGGAGAUCAACAUCUACGCCAUGCGUGUCAAGGAGUGGUACGGCUGGCACUUCCCCGAGAUGGGCAAGAUCAUCACCGACAACCUCGCCUACGCCAAGGUCAUCCGUGCUAUGGGCUUCCGAACCAACGCCUCUGCCACCGACUUCAGCGAGAUCCUCCCCGAAGAGAUUGAGGAGACGCUCAAGGCCGCGGCCGAGAUCUCGAUGGGUACGGAAAUUUCCGAAACCGAUCUCGAGCACAUCUGGUCCCUCUGCGACCAGGUCAUUUCCAUCACCCAGUACCGCACGCAGCUGUACCAGUACCUGCAGAACCGCAUGGCCGCCAUUGCGCCCAACCUCACCGCGCUCGUCGGCGACCUCGUCGGUGCUCGUCUCAUCAGCCACGCCGGUUCGCUCAUGAACCUCGCCAAGCACCCGGCUUCGACGGUGCAGAUCCUCGGUGCCGAAAAGGCCCUCUUCCGUGCGCUCAAGACCAAGCACGACACGCCCAAGUACGGUCUCAUCUACCACAGCAGCCUCGUGGGUCAAGCGCCACAGAAGCUCAAGGGUAAGAUGGCGCGUAUGGUGGCGACCAAGGCGGCGUUGUCGAUCCGAUUGGAUGCGCUGGCGGAUGCGGAUACCAAGAGCGAUGAAGGCGCCCCGACCGUCGGCAUUGAGGCGAGGGCCAAGCUCGAGUCGCGUCUGCGGGCGUUGGAGAUGCAGAGCGGUCUAUCGGGUCUGCGUUCGGCGAGGAACGCUGCGGGUGAUCAGGGUCACAAGCAGAAGGCGUUCCAGAUGGAAGCGGGUGGACGAACGUACAAUGCGGCUGGGGAUGCUGCUGGGCCUAGCGACAUGGCUGCUGCUGCCCACCUUGCUCCGUCCAUGCUCCCCUCGACGCCAGCCAAGGCUACGGAGGAGAAGCUGUCCAAGGAGGAGCGAAAGGCGCUUAAGAAGGCGAGGAAAUCCGAAGCUGCCGUCGAGGAAUCCGCCACUCCCGUCGCCCAAGAGGCCGACGAGGACAAGCUCAGCAAGGAGGAGCGAAAGGCGCUCAAGAAGGCCAAGAAGGAAGCCGCCAACGGAGUCGUGGAGACGCCCAGCAAGAAGGACAAGAAGAAGAGGAGCGCCGACGAGGCCGACGUCAACGCCACGCCCAAGUCCGAGCCAGGGAGCAGCAAGAAGAAGAAGUCCAAGAAGGAGUAG